AUAUGAUAGAGGAUGUCGAAUCCUUUACGUCUCUAUUCUUUUCACUAUUCCGUGGGUUAGUCCUCCAUUUCCGCUCAUUCUCAAAAAUCCGGCUAACCCUAUCAGUGCCACCACCGCCUUCGUCUUCUCCUCCCGUUCUACAGAAAAAAGGAGCAUAACAGAGAGAUAAAGAAGAUAAACGACAUGCAUACCCAAAUCGAUUCUGCUUGCUAAGAUCAUGCAAGAUCCAAGGAUGCUACCUUCAGGGGAAAUCACAAACUCCGAGCCACGCAAAAAGAUCUCAACCUCUAGAGCUUCCUUGAAUCCUUUUCAAGGUAAUGACAUCAGAGAGGUUCAACACGUAAAGGGGCCUUUAAAAGCAAACCAGAAGGCUUCCAAAAGGAGCUUGAAGAAUGAGGGGUCUCCGAUGAUCCAGCAACAGGAGAGAUCAAACUCAGAUUCAUUGCCCGACUCCUCUACAUCAGGGAAUGAAUAUCGUGCUCUCAGAAGGAAGUAUUUGCUGUUGGAGGAAGAAAGCUUUGGACUGGGGAGAGAGUUGCAGGUGGUAGAAGAGGAGGUCAAGACUCUUGAAGAUGAGAAGCUUGCAUUGUUAGACCAGCUGGUUGUGUUAGAAGGUCUAAUUGAUCCUUGGGAAGUGCAUCCUCAUGGGUUGCAAUUACUGUAAUCCUUAUAUGUGCACCUCUUUCUUGGUGAUUAUUGAUUUGUGCGCUUGUAUGAUAUGUAAUUGCGUUGCCUACUUUAAUGGUGCACUUAUAUCUGAUAGGUCAAGUGAAGUUCCCAGUAGAUGUACUCUUAGACCUGUAAUUGUUUCCUUUUAUGUUUUGAUAACUGUAAAAUGUCUGGAAUUGUUUUUAAAUAUUUUAAUUGAGUCGUUAAAUAUGCAUUCUGCUAUGUGCAGCAUGAUA